AUGCUGGGAAAGCCAGUUUGUUGACGUUGAGGGAAAAUGGAAGGCGUGCAGCCGCCACCUCUGCGCAGCCUGGAUGAUUUUCUCCGGAGCUCAGCGAGGUUCGCGCCGCCUGACGUCCGAGACCUGGACCGCUGGAACCACCGCGUCAUCAACAACCUGCUUUACUACCAGAGCAACUACUUCCUGUCUGCGCUCGGCCUCCUGCUCUUAGUGGGGUAUUGGCAGCCCCUCCAGCUGUGUGUCGGCGCAGUGGUGGUCACCUGCAUGUUCCUUGGCUUCGUCUGGGCUGCUGAGAACCAAGUUACCAUCCGGCGUUUCCGCAGAAAGCACCCGUCCAUGUGUGUGCUCGUCAUCCUUCUGCUCAGCUACCUCUUCAUCAGCGUGCUGGGAGGCGUGGCUGUCUUCCUGUUUGGGAUCGCCUUCCCGACUCUGAUGGUUCUGGUGCACGCUUCGAUGAGACUGCGCAACCUGAAGAACAAGCUGGAGAACAAGCUGGAGAGCAUCGGUUUGAAGAGGACUCCGAUGGGACUCCUGUUAGAGGCUCUGGGACAGGAACAGGAAGCUGGAUCCUAGAGAGGAAGAAGAGGAGGAGGAGGAGGAGGAUGUGAUGGGUCCGAUCACAGGGAAAAGAAAACGAAUGAAGAAG